GGCUCCAGCCCCUGGGGGAGCGGGGAGCGGGGAGCAGGGAGCAUGCGGGCCUCCUGCGUGGCGCUGACCGCCGCCCUGCUUCUGGUCGCCUACUACAUCUACAUCCCCUUGCCCAGCACCAUCUCCAACCCCUGGAAGCUGAUGCUGCUCGAUGCCACUUUCAGGACCGCGCAGCAACUGAGCAACUGGAUUCACUUUAUAGGACUCAGCCAUCAUCUACUGGCUUUGAAUUUUAUAAUCACUUCCUUUGGCAACAAAAAUGCUUGGUCUUCCACACAUCUUAAAGUUACUGAUACAGUCUUUGAUGGAGUAGAAGUCAGAGUCUUUGAAGCUUCUCCAAAGCCCGGCGAGACACUAAAGCGUGGUGUAAUUUUCAUCCAUGGAGGAGGAUGGGCCUUGGCAAGUGCAAAAAUUCGAUAUUAUGAUCAGCUGUGUGCAACAAUGGCAGAAGAACUGAAUGCUGUAAUCGUCUCAAUUGAAUACAGACUAGUCCCUGAGGUUCAUUUCCCGGAGCAAGUCUAUGAUGUAGAACGUGCAACAAAAUACUUCCUGGGGUCAGAUGUCCUGGAGAAGUAUUCUGCUGAUCCACAGAGAAUUGCGGUUUCUGGUGAUAGUGCGGGAGGAAAUUUGGCUGCCGCGUUGUGUCAACAGUUCAAUCGAGAUGAGAGCUUACGAAACAAAAUCAAGCUACAGGCUCUAAUUUAUCCAGUGCUCCAGGCCUUAGACUUUAACACCCCCUCAUACCAAGAAAAUGCAAAUGUCCCCAUCCUGCCUCGCUUUGUCAUGGUGAAGUAUUGGUUAGACUACUUCAAUGGUAAUCAGAACUUUGCCCAGGCCAUGAUGGUCAACAAUCACACUUCCCUAGACGUGGCACAGGCUGCUUCUUUCAGAGCCCGUCUCAACUGGACUUCUCUUUUGCCUCCAACAAUUACAAAGAACUACAAACCUGUGACGCCAACGGUGGGAAACCCCCAGGUCACUGAGGCGAUACCCCAGUUGCUGGAUCCUCGCUCCGCUCCCCUCAUAGCAGAAGAAGAAGUCCUGCAGCACCUGCCGAAGACUUACAUCCUGACGUGUGAAUUUGAUGUCCUCAGAGAUGAUGGGAUCAUGUAUGCGAAACGCUUAGAGAGGGCAGGCGUUGAUGUGACGCUGGACCACUUUGAGGAUGGCUUCCACGGCUGCAUGAUUUUCACCACCUGGCCCACUGAUUUUUCAGUGGGAAUUAGGACUAGGAAUAGUUAUCUGAAGUGGCUCAACCAAAACCUGUAGUGAGAAAUGAGUCUCUGGAGGAACAAAUAAGUCCAAACUACAGCAACAUCAUGCCCUUCUAUGCAAUCUAACUUUUUUUUCUUCCCCCGUCCCUUAAAGUUGUGUGGCUUAUUUGCUAGAGGCUUUGUGUUUACUGAUUUGCUCAGUGAGCCUGACUAAACUUAUUCAGUACAGACAUUUGCGCACCUCAUACAACUGUGCUGGGUCAUCUUCCUUUGACAUGCUACACAAAUUGACUCCAAGGUCCUAAAGUGCUAAGUGAUCUUUUAAAAGCACUGAAUUAUUUUUCGCAAUUCAGUUAUCAAGAGUAGUAAGUCAGAGCCAAACCCUACACCUGAAAAUACCAUGUUUAUGUCUUAGAACUUUAAAAGAAAAUCAAGUCACUUAGUGUAACUUAUCGUCAAAUGCAAAGGAACUAGAAGGUGCCCCUGAAAUUUCAACCUUGCACCCCAAAAUGCAUGCCUGAACAGUUUGUGUUCCUAAAGGUGUCAGGCAAAGGCAUGCGGGUAAGCACUGGUUCGCAAAAGGGCCUCACUACCAUGGCACAGCUACUACUCUGAAGUAAUUAAAGUCUAUUAAAACCACUGUUUAAGAAAAUAUGAAAACUACUAAAACUUGCAGUAGACACUUGUUCAUAGCACUACAAAUUUUGUUGUUCAUUGUGUGUUACCGUAGAGGCAGGUUAUCUUGUUUUUGUUUUUUGGAUUCUGGGAUUUUUUUUUUGUUCUUUUUAUUAUUUUAGAAUAAAUCUAUUUCGUUUCAGAAUAGACAAUCCCCCUCUUGGAAAAAUUAAUUUCAGGCCUACCCUAAAAUGUAUAAUGUCAUUUAUAUAUAUGUAUAUACAAAUUAGAUAUAUAUAUAUAUAUACACACACACAUUAGAUACAGAUAGAUGACUAAUGCGCAUUUAGUUUAAAUUUAUGACAGUAUAAGAUUAAAUGAUAAUUGCUCUUUAAAUGAGAUGUUUUUGGUAUUGAGCUAAAAAAACUUAUAGACUAUUA